CUUGAAGAGGCUGCUGAAGAAUUGCACGAGUCUUGCCUUGAGAUGUCAAAACACGACAUUUCCAUUUCGAGAGGAUAUGGCAAGCAGGACAAUGGAGCCAAUGUUCCCAUGACAUUCCCCUCCUAAGGGAAUCGAUAGAAGACAGGAAAUGCAGGCUCAUCCAAACUCCAUCGUUUGAAUGAUCUAGAUCGUAUAUCUAUAUUCAUUGGAUCAGGGAGGAGCGAGUGGUUUUGAACGAUGGUCCAUCUGACAAUAACUCAGUGGGUUCCACUUGUUUGGUCACGCGAACAAUUGAAAUUGGACACCUAUCAACACAUCCUGUCGAGUUUAAAUUAUCCCAACUUCGAGGCCGAAUCAAGGAAAGGUAAACAAUCCGUCAAAGAUGAGAAUAAUGGAAUCUUCUUCAAUUCAUUCAGGCUAUGGAUGGCAACGAUGGAACAACCUACGUGUAGAUCUGUUCCAACUCAUAACUCUACUAUUUAUGUCACGUUGGAAAACUGCAAAACAUUGGUGGGAAAAACCAUUCAAGUAGUGGAUGCCCGGGACAAAACCAUUGAGGGGGAAGAUAAAUCAAAUAAAACAGAAGAGAGGCACAAGGAAACUUCAGGGGACGAACCCGUGGAACAACAAAAUAAACCACACUCUGAUAAAGACACCAAAGAUGAGCACGAACUGUCUCAGGAAUCGAACUUGGGUUCUAGGGAGACAUCGGCAACUGAUCAAGGCCAAGGGACCAACGCUUCAAUCAAAAAACCCACUUCGUCAGAACUUGACAACGGAAUCGAGCCCAUAGAUCAGAGAGAAGAACCUGUAAGCAGAAACGUAGAGGAAAUCAAUAAGGCGACAGAAAUCGAUGUGACGUCUGAAAGAAUGGCCUCGUUUCCACCAGAUGAGAAGUCGAAAGACGGCGAGGAUCAAAAUAUACCUAUAAUGGAUCAACCUCUUGAGAGCGGUAAACUCAUCGACCGUGGAAACACCAUCAACUCUGAGUUUGACAAUGAAAAGGACGAAAAUGUCAAAACGUGCCCUUUGGAAUUGGUCGACUCCGAAGAGAGCCUUCCUCCAAUGCCAGAUCCAAAACAGAAAUUGUCCAAACUUGAUGACCUUGAGCAGAAAAAGGUCGACAAUCUCUCAAGUACCCCAUCUAAAGUUAGCCUGGAUGAUGACAAGAUAAAUGAACCAGCCCAACAGGAGCCGGUUUCAAGUCAAAAAGUUGGGAAUAAUCAGGAUGCUAAAGUUGGACAAGAGCCACAGUCCAACGAUAACUCUAUGUCCGAGAGCAUCAUCAUCGAUCUUGAUGAGAGACCCAUCAUAAAAUCUGAGUCAGCACUACAAGUGCAGAAGUCAGAAUCUAAGACUAAUCAUGAAAAGGACUCGAACCAAGACUCGAACCAAGUUGGUCUAGAAUCUAACACUAACUUCGAACCUUUAUCCACGGACGACAAGAUCCAAGUGGGCCCAGAGCCAAAAGGAAAACAAGAUCAGACAACACCCGAUAAAAAAAAGUCUGUAGCCAAAAAGAAGGUGGUCAAGAAAAAGCAACGAGAUGAGAAACGAAUAAAUGACAGAGCUGAAGAAGGAAUUGAGACAGACAUUGUCGUCAAAGACGAAGUGGACUUAGUUGGAACAGACAAUUUGGAGGACAGUAAUUUAGAUUCAUCCAGUCAUUUUGACCAAAGUGAAUCUCAAAAGAGCUCUGAACAAAUACUCGAGGAAAACGACCCAUUAUUGCAAUCAAUGGAAGCUCAAGAGGUUCUACCGGAACCAACAACAAGUGCUGAUGUCACGGACAUGGACUCAAGGUCACAUGAUCCAGACCAUCACCUCAAUGAAUCGGAUCAUCUUACACCUACCGGCGAAAACGAGAACCUUCAAAGUGUCCACGAGAUAAAGACCGGGACCUUGAAGGAUCAUGGAGGAGAGCAACGACCCAGACAAAGGACGCUCGUAUCAAGUUUCGAGUCCUCUCAGGAGUCCAUUCAAAACCUUUUGACAACGUUCCGUCCACAAAGACGCCACGAGCAGUUGCUUUCCACCAGCUUCAUCACAUAUCAGGAGGUCACAUCCUCCAACCGGAAUCGAAAUAUGAGCAAGUUACUGGUCCCAGCUCAUCCCAAGUCGUAUUUACCUGUAUAUUUUUAA